AUGGCUGACACCAAGGAUACUACACAGCAGUGUGAGCGGAUUGGAAUCUGGGAAGCCGACUUCCACACAGCGGUUGACGCCGUAUGCCAGCGGUUCUGGAUGAACCUGGAAGCUUGGCAGAAAUCAUCAGUUCUACCCACUGUCAAGGCACAGCAUUCCCCCAGAGCCCCAGUACGGCGCCCUUCUCUAAGGCGGAGAACCAAGAAGGCCCACGUGCCCGCCAGCAGGCCAUGCACCUGGGUAAAACACCUCCGCUCCAGAUCCCGAUAUGCCCUCCCAGUAUUUGUGAAAGGGGUGUGUGGAUAUGGGGAAAUGGUUCCCGUUCCCACCAGGGGAUGCAGCACAAUAUGGCACUAA